AUGGAAGAAGGAUGGCCCGUGUUUGAUUUAAUUUUGCUUGGAGUUGGCCCAGAUGGUCAUACCUGUUCGUUAUUUCCGGGGCACUCUUUGUUGAAGGUAAGCGAAUCGAACCUUUCUCAGUUGAAGUUUAGCUUCUUCAGUCGUAUGCUCUGCUUCUCCCUCCGAAAUGUUCAUUUUGGUACCCAAUCUAAAUUUCAGGAAGACACAAAAUGGGUAGCAGCAAUCGAAGAUUCACCUAAACCUCCGCCCCAGCGUAUCACAUUAACAUUGCCAGUACUGAAUCAUGCCCGAAAUAUAGCAUUUAUUUCUACUGAUCCAAACAAGUGUGAGCUGAUAAAGACGAUAUUCGCUGAGCAAGAUACAAAUUUACCAGCAGCAAUGGUGAAGCCAAAAUCAGGUAAUUUGGCAUGGUUUGUGGAUGAGAAAACGUUUUAUGGAAUUUCCAAUCAGUAA